AUGCCUACGACGGAGUUCAGUUUCGCCGAAAAGUACCGGUACCAGACCGGAUUCGACUCCUAUCUCGAGAGUGAAGCUGUGAAGGGAUCCCUUCCCAUUGGAGCCAAUUCGCCCCAGAAACCGGCGCACGGCUUAUAUGCCGAGAAGCUCUCGGGCACGGCCUUCACGGCCCCACGCCACGAGAACAAGCAGACAUGGCUCUACAGGAUACUCCCGUCCUGCUCCCACCCACCCUUCGAGACCUCAGAGACCAAAGCCGAAGCCGUCGUUGACUUCUCGAAGCUGGAGUACAUCCCUGACCAGCUUAGGUGGGAUCCCUUCGACCAUAACGAGUCCAAAGACCUAGACUUCCUGACGGGUCUACGCCUCGUGGCCGGUGCGGGCGACCCCACGCUCAAGCAAGGGAUCGGGAUCUACAUCUAUGCGGCGGGGAAGAGCAUGGCUGAAAACGCCGCCUUUUACUCCGCCGACGGCGAUCUCUUGAUCGUGGCGCAGGAGGGCGUUUUGGAUAUUCGGACGGAGCAGGGAUGGCUACUCGUGCGCCCUAUGGAGAUUUGCGUCAUCCCACGCGGCGUCAAGUACCAAGUCCACCUGCCCUCGGGCCCCGCGCGUGGCUACGCCCUCGAGCUGUACCAGAACCAUUUCAUCCUCCCCGAGUUGGGCCCCAUCGGCUCCAACGGUCUAGCCAACGCACGAGACUUCCAAGCCCCUGUGGCGUGCUUCAGCGAAGACCACGGCACGACGGCCUCGGACGGGCCCAACGCGUACACCGUCACCGUCAAGUUCAACAACGCGCUCUUCGAGACAAAGCAAGCGCACACGCCCUUCGACGUCGUCGCCUGGCACGGAAACUACUACCCCUUCAAAUACGACCUAGGCCGCUUCAACACCAUCGGGUCCAUUUCCUAUGACCACCCGGACCCCAGCAUCUUCACGGUGCUCUCGGCGCCCUCCGGCCUCCCGGGAACCGCCGUCGCCGACUUCGUCAUCUUCCCGCCCCGCUGGCUCGUGGCGGAGGAUACGUUCCGCCCUCCCUGGUAUCACAGGAACACGAUGAGCGAGUUCAUGGGCCUUAUUCUUGGCGCGUAUGAUGCUAAGCGCGGCGGGAGCGGGGGGUUCGUUCCGGGGGGUGCGAGCUUGCAUAAUGUUAUGAGUGGACAUGGGCCGGAUGAGGCGAGUUAUGAGGGCGCGAGGAAUGCGGAGUUGAAGCCUGCGAAGGUCGGGGAGGGGAGCUGCGCUUUCAUGUUUGAGAGUUGUUUGAUGGUGGGUGUGACGGAGUGGGGGUUGAAGACGUGUAAGAAGGUUCAGAAGGGGUAUAAUGCAGAGAGCUGGGGUGGUGUUAAGGUGCAUUGGAAGAAGCCCGAGGGAGAGUCUGGUAAUGCGCACCUUCUGUAA